AUGAGGGCCUCGAAAAGUUUUUACCUCAACAAAGGCUACCCAGCUCCGGCACGAAAUGAGGGCCUUGGUCCCACACGAAAGGGCCCAACUCCUUCAAAACGUAAAACACCGAGUUGCCAAUUUGUGAAGCCAACUACUGAAUGCCAAACACCCAAGCCCAAACCCACUCUUGCCCAAACCCAUUUGGUAGCUCUACACCUCGAAUAUUCCUUCCUACCCAAGCAUACCGAAAGCCCAGCCCCAAGGCAACCGGUUCUAGCUCGUGACGCUUAG